AUGCGGCUAUGUGUGCCCCUCUUCGCUUUGUUUUUCUUCUACCUCUACAUUUUCCUGCCUCCGGUUUCUCUACCUCUCCUAGCUGCGGCAGCAGGAGCCGUGGCUCUGUUUCUUUCUUUGCCUGCUGCUGCCCCUGAUGCGCUGACCCCUCUUGUUUGUUGCUUUCUAAUUCCAUGUUACGCCUUCCUCUUUCCUAUGCCGCCCCACCUUGUUAUUGGAGCCCAAAUCAUAAUUUGCCUUCUAGCAGCCCUCAGCUCUCGCGGAGCAAGCGGCACGGUGUCCAUUAAGCGCUUGCUAGGAGGUGGAGAUGUUUCGACAUUAAGAAAUGACCGUGGGCAUUUGGUUCCCUUUGCUGACCACCGUUCCAUGCAAAUGAUCGUCACCUGUGCUGCGAUUCUCGGUGUCGAUUUUCUGACCUUUCCACGAAAGUUCUGCAAAAGUGUCAAUUCGGGAGUCACACUCAUGGAUUUAGGGGUGGGGGGCAUUAUUUUCACUUCAGGAAUGGUCUCGCGAUACUCAAAGGGGUGUGCUAGAAGGGAUGAGUCCCUGUGGGUCUCUCUGCGCCGCGCUGCUCUUCAUAGUGGUCCUCUCGGCAUCUUCGGGCUGUUUCGCCUCAUCUUCAUGUCCCUCACGAACCUGCAUGUAGGCUGA